ACAUGAUAGUAACCUGGCAUGCACCUCUAUCGUUUUAAAUCUCACCAAUAAUAAAGCAUUUGUCAUAAAAUAUAAGUUAUAGUUUUGAGCAGGUGAUAGAUGCGUCAGCAUGUCUUUCUUCGUAGAUUCAGUGAUUAUGUUCACCUCGCAGGUGCUGUUUUUUGGAUUUGGCUGGCUCUUUUUCAUGCGGCAGUUAUUUAAAGAUUAUGAGGUCCGCCAGUAUGUGGUGCAGGUGGUUUUCUCGAUCACAUUUGCGUUCUCCUGCACUAUGUUUGAACUCAUCAUAUUUGAAAUCCUCGGAGCAUUAAGCAGCACAUCAAGGUAUUUUCACUGGAAGCUGAAUUUAUAUGUUAUACUGCUGGUUCUAAUCUUUGUAGUGCCUUUCUACAUUGGCUACUUUGUGGUCAGCAACAUACGUUUGUUGCAGAGACAGAGGCUGUUGUUCUCAUGUGUGGUUUGGUUUACAUUCAUGUAUUUUUUUUGGAAGCUUGGAGACCCAUUUCCUAUAUUAAGUCCAAAACAUGGCAUUCUGUCCAUAGAGCAGCUGAUCAGCCGAGUGGGAGUCAUCGGGGUGACAUUAAUGGCUCUGCUGUCUGGAUUCGGUGCUGUGAACUGCCCCUACACAUACAUGUCUUAUUUUCUAAGAAAUGUAACCGACAGUGACAUCCUGGCUUUAGAGAGACGGCUGCUUCAGACUAUGGACAUGAUUGUCAGUAAAAAGAAAAGGAUUGCUAUGACAAGGAGGCAGAUGUACCAGCGAGGAGAGGACCAAAACAAACAGACUGGGUUCUGGGGGAUGAUCAGGAGUGUAACUUCUGCCCCGGCAGGCAGUGAGAAUCUGUCUCUAAUCCAGCAGGAAGUGGAUGCUUUAGAGGAGCUUAGUCGGCAGCUCUUCCUAGAAACAGUGGACCUGCAGGCUACCAAAGAAAGGAUAGAAUACUCAAAGACCUUUCAAGGAAAAUACUUUAACUUUCUGGGUUAUUUCUUUUCCAUCUACUGUGUGUGGAAGAUAUUUAUGGCCACAAUCAACAUAGUGUUCGACCGUGUUGGGAAGACUGAUCCAGUGACGAGAGGCAUUGAGAUAACAGUCAACUAUCUAGGAAUUCAGUUUGAUGUGAAGUUCUGGUCUCAGCACAUUUCUUUUAUUCUGGUGGGAAUCAUCAUUGUGACCUCCAUCCGAGGCCUUUUAAUCACCCUUACUAAGUUCUUCUAUGCUAUCUCUAGCAGCAAGUCCUCCAACGUUAUAGUGCUGGUCCUGGCCCAGAUCAUGGGGAUGUAUUUUGUGUCGUCUGUGUUGCUCAUGCGCAUGAGCAUGCCCCUGGAAUAUCGGACCAUUGUCACAGAGGUGCUGGGAGAGCUGCAGUUUAACUUCUACCACCGCUGGUUUGACGUAAUCUUCCUUGUUAGCGCUCUCUCCAGCAUUCUCUUUCUCUACCUGGCGCACAAGCAGGCGCCAGAGAAGCACAUGAGCCUCUGAGCUGCUGACUGACUUCAUUCCAAACGAAUAUGAACUUUUUAUUUGAAAGAAACAAUGCUAUUCAGAAGGGCUUCUUAACCUGCUGGGACUAAACCUACUGAAUCAGGAAGAGUCUGGGAAUGGUAAUAUUUUGUAUUUAAGUGAGUGGUAUUUCAGUUACAGUUGGUUUUCCUGUCUAGAUUAAAUCAUAUUUGGUUAAAUUGGUCGCAGCUUCAAUGGUGAAAUGAUCCCUGGGUAAAUUGGACCAGACAUAAAGUGAUCUCAGACAGUUAUUAAAAAAGUAUUCAGACCCCUUAAA